CUUAGCUACACACCACAGGUGUGCGUGAACGUGUUAGGCUGGUGUGUGUUCUCCCCUGGAAAAUCGCUGCACGGCAAUUUAUUUCUUUAUCUAUGUGAGGCUGAAACUUUAGGGAAAUAAUUCUGUAGAGAUUUGAUUUUUUGGGUUUGUUUGGAAUUGAGUGAUUGAAGGACAUUCUUUUCUUCUUCUAACCGGAGAUCCUCACUGUGAUCCUCACCAACAAUGUCUACCACAGCAUAUGAACACACAACAGAGACUCAUUCAGGUCCAGCACCCAUUAGACCUCACCCAGAAUAUGUGAAGAGUACCCCAGGAUUGCUGAAGAUAGCAGAAAUAAUUCUUUCUGUUUUGGUUUUGAUUUGUGCUUCCAUUGACUGGUGGUACAGCAUAGGAGGAGGCUGGGUUCAGUUUGUAGCUGCUUCUGCAUUGAUUACAACAGUUAUACUCUUUAUUUUUCACUUUUUCAACCUCAUCAGCCGAGUGACUGUUCGCUGGAACUUCAUUGAAUUCAUUUACUACUGUGUGUUUGUUGUUCUCUAUGUCAUAGCUGCUAUAGUAGCAGCAGUCAGAGCUCAUCUUGCACCAUCCAUUGUUGCUACUGCAAUCUUUACAUUUUUGGCAUUGGCUGUCUACGCCAUAGACACAUACUUGAUGUACAAAGCAUGGCAAACUAUCCAGCAUCCAUCAACCGGUGGUGCAGCUACAACAACCACCACCACUACUACCACUUAUGAGACCAGGACCCAGUACUGAGGUGCUAGGGCAACAGAGAUGUCUUUUUAUAGUUAUUGCUGUAGUAUGUUUCUAUCCACUUCUGGUGCUUUGUUUCAUUGAGUGUCAAUUUGUUUAUGUGUAUGGUCUCCGUCAACUAGUUUAAGCUCUGUAUGUUAGUGUCUUUGGUAAAAGGGAGAAAUAUAUUUUCAAUGCUCACAUUUGGCUUUUUGAAUAAAGUUUAGUUUUUGGAUACAUUUAAAUAUUAGAAAUAUCUUGUAAGCUUUAAAUUUGAAUUAAUAUUAUCUAUUGGUCUCUUAUAAUAAUUUGUCAACUUUAAAUAAAGGUAACAAAUUUCAGAUUUCUAUGUUUUAUAAAGAGAAGAAAAAAAAAGCCAAAAUGUGGUAAAGCACAAGCUGCCAAGCUGAAGACAUUGGACUUAACUUUGAAGUGAAAACCUUGUCAGAUGACAAGCCAGCGUGUACUUGAGAAAUAUCAGGAAAGUAAAAGCAGAUUUUGAGUAGUGGAGAUCUCAGAAUACCAUUGUAAGCCAGACAAACUGUUCAACUCUGCUGCUCUUUACUUGCUCUAGAGUUUUAAGACUUGUCCAAGUGGGAUAAUGUAAGCAAUGUUAUUAUAAAUUUGAUUGGCAUAAAAUUGUCAUACUGUUUCAUUAACAGUUCUGAUUAAUAUGUUUAUAUUUUUUUGUCAGAUUGUAAGAUGCUUUGUUUUAAAUGUUAUAGUAAAUGUCCCAUCCUUUAGAUGUGUAAGUGACUUUAAAUUGACUUUAUUUUAGUUUCAAAGGUUCAUCUGAAGAUCUGGUCAUAUCUAUUUAUUAUACAAACAUCUUUUAUCAGCAUCUGUUUUUUUUUAUAUCUCAUUUUGAAUUCUUUUUUUUUUUUAUUAUUUAUUGUACACUACUUUACAGUGCUUUUGUUCAGCUAAUAUUUAGAAACUAGAAUCAUAUAAAAUGUAUGUAUCUUAUUGCAUGUGAACACAAUGAAUACAUAAGCUGCGUUUUAUUAUCUCUAGUUUCAAUUCAGUACUGAGAUUAUAGUUCAUCUUUUUUUCUCAUUUCUGUGCAAUAUGGCUUUCACAACCACACCUUUUUUUAUGACAUGACCCUUUACAUUUGUUCAACAUUUAUAACAUUUAUUGAUGACCAGUAGUUCAAAAAAACAUCAAUAGAAUUCAUAAAAAAAGAGUCAGUAUUUCCACUUUUUAUAUGACUUUAUUUUCAUUUGUUUAGGAUCGACAUAAAAUUUUUUGUCUUAAGUUUUAAUGCCCCUAGAGUCCAGACUUAAAUUAACUUUCUUUAUAAAUAUAUUUUGCAUUUAUACUUUCAAACAGCCAGCAUAUUUGCCAAUUUACAAUUACUAUCUAAGUCAUAAUAGAAAAAAAGUUUCAGAAUUUUAGUUUAUUGAGCCUGAAAGUCUCCCAUGAACAUUUGCUGCUUUUAAUAGCAAAUAAGUUGUCUGGGUUUUUUUAAUUCAAAGAAACACAGUGGAAUCCAAAAUAAUUCAAACUUGCACAAGUCUGUUGCAUGUUAUUAAAAUUCCUUCCUUAGUUUGUUUUCUUCUUUGUCCCUAUUAAAAAAGUGAUUUAUGCCUAGUUUGUUAUCUCAGUUCCUGAUGAUUGGAAUAAAACAUUGUACAUGUCCAUACUCUGUUCAACUGAAAGGAACAUCACAUUUGCUGCAGGGCAUAGGCAAAAAAAAAAAAGGCCCAAGAAAGCUGUUGCAGAGAAAUAUAGUAUUCCAGCAAAUCCUUUGCAAACAUUCAAUAAGAAAUACAUUUGACAACUUCUGUAACUUUAUAUUAUCAUGUCCAUUGUCAAACUUUAAUGCUAGUUCUUCUAAAUGAUAGUGACUGAUGUUCCUUGUAACUUUGAAUUUGUAGAUUUGACUGUAUUUCAAAAAUAAAAUCAAGCAUUUUGAAAUAACUCUUAGCUUUCAUUGUUGAAACCUUGUGAAAUAAGUUGAAUGUAUUGCAAAGUUCUUCCAAACUUGAUUAGCUAGCUGCAUGCUAUUUGAAAUAUGUGAGCUUUGAAGUUAAACUUCUACCUAAGUUUAUUGACUGUGUGAUACUUUGUCAUUAUUUUUGUUCACUUGGUUCAAAUGCAUCUUUUUAAUUUUUCCCUUUACAUUUUGAACAAAUUACUUCUUCUGUCAUUCCAUUCUAUUUCAUCACUCACAUUAUUUUCUGCAGCACUUCAUUGAUAUAUAUAUAUAUGUAAACAUUUUUUUUUAUUGUAUUUUAGGUUGUAAUCAUUGUUUUUUUAAGUUUAUAUAUUCCAUUUGAUGUAUCUGAUAUUUAGUUUAGUUUAUAUUAUCUAUCUAUAUAUAUACAUGGAUGUAUAUCCAUCUUUAACCUACAUGUGAGUUGUUUUAAUGUUUGUUAUGCUUUGGGUGAAAUGGAAGUGUCAUUUUUGCAUUCAUUUUUUUUUAUAUUGAAUUUCUACUUUUGGUCAAUGUACUGCUGUGAUUAGAUUGAACUAGUUCUAGUACAUCUGUAGUCAUGAAAGGUCAUAAAAAAACAACAACUAAGAAAUUAGAAGAUAGAUCAUUUCUUUUAGUUGUUUAAUACAAUAGUGCCAUAUAGGCUUUGUGAACAGAGUAGACAUAGCUGUAUAGAGGCAUUAGAACAGUUAUUUGUUGUUUGAGACAUGGUGUAGUCCUACAUGUCAUAUCAAUAUCUUGCCAGUUUUAUCUUUGCUAUCUUUAUUUUAUGUUUUUAUGUAAAGUAGUUUAGGAUUCAUGAGAAGGUUUCAAUGGUUUAUAAUCCAAUUACAAAAAUGAAUGUUGUUUAUAGCCAUCUUUUGUUGUUUUUUUCUAAAUUUAAUAGGGUCUGCACAGAUAAUACCAAUAGUCAUUUCUAUAGCUUAAAACAGCUUAUACAUUGAACACAUUCUGUUCAGUUUAGUUAGAAACACAUUUACAUUUAUAACAAGUACUAACAUUUUACAAAAUGAACUUUGAUGUUCUUGACUUGUAUUAUAGAGAGUACUAAAGCUCUGCUACCUUCAACUCCAAUGUAAAAGGUCUCAUUCAAUUGAAUGCCAGUGUUCAGUUCAUCUAUAAGUAAAUCAUAAAUGUGAAAUUAACUCCUUGCAUGCAGUUUUCUGUGAUAUAUACACCCCCUUUUUUCUGAAUUGACAGUUUGAAAUGGUUUGUUAAACAAUUAUUAUUUGUUUAUAUUAACCAAGUAUCUGUGCUUGCACCCUUUUUUAUUUUCAAUAUUGUUUUGAAAAUGAUUUAGUAGUGAUGUUUACUAAUUUUAAGAAAAUUAAUUUUACUAUUAAUCUAUGCUACUAUUCUUUAAUGUUAGUAUUAAUCUAGGCUACUUUUCUGUUGUAUAUGAAAGUAGAAAAUACAUUUUAUUGUUCAACUAUUAAAGAAUGGUGUGUUCCAGACAAAUUGUAUUGUAUUACCGGUACUAAAACUAUAUCUACAUCAAUUAAAAUAAACAUUAACUCAUUGUAGUUUA